UACAGCAUCCGGAUCGGACCGUGAUGGUACAGGAUGUGUGUGCUUAACUCCAUUGAACUAAACUAAAUAGGGAAGAAAGCCUUUAAUGCUGACAAUAAGCCGCUUCAUUCAGCGGCGCGGCCCAGACGCACAGCUCUGCGGAGCAGAAAUUACGCACGGAGGGGCUGCUCUGAGGCAGCAGUUUGGGCACUGAAACCGGCUCGAAAAAUCAACGGAAUGUCCUCCAGAUGAAGUAUUUUUGUUCGGCUACGUUUUCAGGAAUCAACCCGCAGAGCAGCUUCCUCCAGCUCCUGAUAACGAGAUAAUUUGUCCCCAGGCUGAAUGUGCGUAAAAGUAUUUCGAACAGGAAACUCUCUCUCGCUCUCUCUCGCUCUCUCUCUCUCUCUCUCUCUGUGUGUGUGUGUGUGUGUGUGUAGAUGUGUGUGUGUAAGAGGAAUACCCAGCUGGUCCCACAAGCCCUAUAAUACCAAGCACAACAUGCUUUACCUUCAAUGAAAGCUGAGACGGGGGGACGGUUGACUGCUGCUGGUCCUGAAAUCAACUCAGAGCUCCGGAGCGUCGCAGUUUUAGCAGCUCGCCUUUCCUGCAUCUGCUUUAUUACACCUUCUGCUGCGCGCCGGAACCUUUUUUUCUCCUGUAUCAUUUACUGACUUUUUGCGCUUUUUACCCAAAGCGGACUUUUGUUGGAUAACUUCCCCCCUACUUUCUUACCGUGCCCGCUGUCAGAGGUGAUGCUACCAUUUAGUCCCAUCCUCAGGUGAUGGUAGGGGCCCCUUUUGGAGAAGGUUUUCCACAGCUGUUAUUUUUCCCCUCGCUACUUUUCCUCCGGCUCCAGCAUGGCUCUCUACUCUCGGUUUGUGGUCGUGCUGCUCUACGGAUGGAGUUAUCUGUGCGUUGGAUACUGCGCGAUGCUGAAAACGGACAAUUUCCCCGAGAGGCGAAAGGUGGAUUUUACGCAUUCGGUGGAUAAAAAGUACGAGGCGAAGGAAGACCAGGACGCGCUUUUACAGGAUACAAUGACGGAGCACAUGCAGAUGCUUUACGCGAAGUACAACCGAGCUGGAUUUCCCUUCAAGGACGGCAACACUGUUCGCAGCUUCAAGGCGCACUGGGGUACGAUAAACAAGAAGCAGCUGCAGAUCUUCAACCUCACCUCCCUCACUAAAUCGGAAGACGUUCUGUCGGCCACCCUUCAUUACUACAUCGGGGACCUUCAGAACAGCACCAGCGGCUGCUCCAGGUCCAAAACCUGCGUCCAGGUCCGCCACGGCCCCCGCAGGCACAGCCACAUCCACAUGGUCAUCUGGAGCUUCGGCUCGGUGGACAACAAGCUGAGGACUCUGGGACACUUUCGGAUCAACGUGUCCACGCUGCACAGGGACUUCAUCUCCUGGCAGUGGAAGGACAUCACUCGCGUGGUCAACCAGGCCAAACACCACGACGAGCUGCUCAUUGGGAUCGAGGUGGCUUCGCAAGGGCCCCAGCAGUGGAAGAAGCUCCUGUCUGACCGCUCGCCCUACAUCCUGGUCUACGCCAACGACUCGGCCAUUUCAGAGCCUGAAAGCGUGGUGGCCACCCUCCAGAGGCACCACUCGGUGGGAGGCGAUGGCUCCGUUCCCUUCCACAAACUGGAGCUGCGAGAGCGAAACCACACCGAGCAAGAGCAGCCGCCGGCCAGACACAAGCGCUCGGUGAACGUUCUCCUCCCCCUGCAGAACAACGAGCUCCCCGGACCCGAGUAUCCGUACGAGACGACCGGCUGGGAUGAGACGAGUCCGUACGAGCCUUUUGAGAACAAACAGGCCCGUCGGCCGCGCAAAAAGACUCGCAAGAACCAGCGGCACAAGAUGCCCCUGCUGCAGUUCGACGAGCAGACGAUUAAAAAGGCGCGAAAGAAGCAGUGGAACGAGCCCAGGAACUGCGCUCGGAGAUACCUGAAAGUGGACUUUGCUGACAUCGGAUGGAGCGAAUGGAUUAUAUCACCCAAAUCAUUCGAUGCCUACUACUGCUCAGGGUCCUGUCAGUUCCCCAUGCCCAAGGCCCUGAAGCCGUCUAACCACGCCACCAUCCAGAGCAUAGUCCGGGCGGUGGGCGUCGUCCCCGGCAUCCCCGAGCCGUGCUGCGUCCCCGAGAAGAUGUCCUCCCUCAGCAUCCUCUUCUUCGACGAGGACAAGAACGUGGUGCUCAAAGUCUACCCCAACAUGACUGUGGAUUCCUGCGCCUGUAGAUAGUUUCCUUUCCCCUCUUUCCAUGCCUCGUAUCGCGUAGUUUAAAAAACAAAAACAACAACAGCCAGAAAGACUCCAAGUCUCUCCUCCUGCUUCUUCAGUCUUUCUCAAACAUCCGUUGAACAUCCCUGGUUGCACUGGAGGAGAGUGACUGGCUGCUGUUCCAGGCGAAGAGGAGUUCGGUCUGUUCACAGGAAGAAGAUGAUGAAUGGAUGGUGUGAGUUAUUAUUAUUAUCAUUAUCCUUGUGGAAGAUUACGGGAACGGAAAAAAGAGUCAGAUGUCCACAUGCAAACCGGCACCACUGUUUAUCUUCGUAUUUAUCAUCGCUGCUCAGUCAUCUGUUAGCAGGGCGGAUCAUAAACUCACUGUCAAGCUGAGGCAGACAAACAACAACAAAAAAAAGAGACAAAAACUGAAGGAAAAUAUUCACUUUUUCAGGAAAAAAAAUAGCUCGAACUGAUGCCUUCUUCACAGCUUGAAGUUGUCUUUACCACAAGGUCACCUCUGCUCGCACUUGCAUGGUUUUUGUUACUAUGUGUAAGUAUUUCUGUCCGUACUAUCACUGUGUUUAUUCGCUAUACGAGAACGUUAUUGUAUAAUUAUUGGCUUGGCUGCUAUAGAGGGUUAUGUUAGAUUCCAAAGCCAGAAUUGUGACUUAGAUGGUAGGUGUUUUUUUUUUUUUGCAUAUUUGUGUUCAGAUUGUCGCUCAGAACCCAGAUUUUAAGAGCUGAAGAAUGUGGUCUUCAUUAGCAGUUGGAGACCUGCGCUAUCGUUAGCUCAAACCUCAAACAUUAAUAGUAAUAUAAAGGGAUAAAGUGUAUAAAAAGGAGAAACUACUACAAUAAACCGAGGCUUUCACUACACAAGUGUAAAACCGCUGGACUCUGGAAGCUAGUCAAGGCUUGUGGAGAUAUUUAAAACCCUCGUUGGAGCUGAUAAGUUUGCAAAAAAACCACAAAUACAUGGUGGGACUUGGCCAUCAGUUACGGUUAGCGGAUUCAGAACAUGUUGCUAUCACAUAUGUUUUUUUAAAAUAAUGCAUCAUAUUUACAGCCUGGAGUGACAUUCAUGAAGAAAGACCAUUUAUAAAUGCUUUCAUCAACAAAAUCAAUAUGGAGUCAAUAUACACUGCUGGUCUGGAAUCAGUUUUGCUUCACGUAUACUUAAGGCUCAUCGUUUUUGGUUGGAAAUCUGGAUUCCAUGUACGAACAGGUGACAAAUUAAAGGAAAACCCCAAUAUAAAAUGUCUUAAUAAGGUGUUGCUAUGUGCUUCCAUUCGACUUUGGAUUGGUUUCUGGACUCUACUGGAGGGAUGGAGCACCAAUGUUACAAUAGAUAUUCUCUGAUUUGGUGUUUUGAUGAUGGUGGUAGUGUGUUAGUAGGUUGGGUUGAGAUUUGGCGACUUCACAACAUUUUUAUUCAACCUGUUGGGGUCAUUUCAGGUCCUUCUGUGUCCUCCACUGGGAUCCUGAGGUGGUCCCAGGCCAGACGAGUUUACCUAGAAAACGUCCAUAAAAAGGCGUUCACAAGACAACCGUAUCCUAACCAUUGGUUUUCUGCUGUCUGUUCGUACUGCUUUUGUGAUUUUGACCGUUAAAGCCGCACCAUAGGGCAAAAAAAUGUAAAAACUGCCUGGAAAACUUCCAUAAGACUUCCACAAGACAACCAUAUCUAAACUCUUCAUUUUCUGUGCGUACUCAUGCAAAUUUUCUGAUCUUGACCAUUAAGGCUGCAGUAGGCAGCAUUAUUAUGGCAAAAAAAUCUAUUUUAACCUCACUUAUUUUUAAGCAUAGUGUAAUGAAAGUGGUCCUCUUCCCAGCUCCAUUUUCAAGCUUUAUGUACCUUUAAAGUUGAGACAUUUUAGCCAAUCAAGACACUUUUCACAGGUCCAGGUUUGAAUUGAAGCAGAAAUAGUGAGAUUUUUGUCCAGAUUUCUGCCUGCAGCAGCUUUAAUUUGAGUAUUACAGAGAAAAAUGAUGGACUGAAGUAGAAAAACUGCCUAGAAAACCUCCAACACAAGGCGUCCAGGAGGUAGUGGAUGUCAUACCAUCUAAAAACACAACCAUCAGGAUAAGAAAUGCUUCAUUGUAGCAUAAAAAUGAUCAAUUAGAACAACUUUGCAGUGCUUUGCAGAGACCAACUGGCCUUUUCAUGCAUUUUCCUUUAAUUUGUCACCCAUUUCUAUGUUCUUUGACCUCCAAAAGACAAAAAAAAAACCUAACAAAAGCUAUUAUUUGCAGUAAAGUAGGUGCUUUGGUAGCUGUAUUAUUUGAUCUUCACCAUAAAAGUUGCAUUUUUUAAAUAAUAAAGCCAAAAAAUGAUGAGCAGUGCAUAAUAUACAUCAGUGAUCAGUUUUCCUGGGUCACACAAGGCUAAUAUUAUUAUAUAUUAUUAUUAUACAGAGUGGAUUUUUUACCUAAAUCAUGAGGUGUGUGUUAUUUGAUCACUUGUCGUAACUUUGUGCAUUAUUGUCACAAAAUCAAGUAUUUAUUCAGAGCAAAUAGACUUAAAUAUAGCAGCGAACCUUUGUGUUUCUCUUCCUUGUACAUUGUUUUUGUAUAUAGCUCACUAUAACUAUGCCUCUUUGAGAUAGAAGUGCCUUUUCAGUGGGUGGAUUUCUGCUUUAAACCACAGUUUGAUUUGAUUCUGUCGCCUGAACUGAGCUCAAGUCAGCUGAGAAUAUUUUUUUAUGGUACAAAAAUAACAAAGAGUGAACAUAGCGCAUAUUCUUGUGAUAAGUGGAAUUUAUGCUACAGCGUAUUGCAGAUGAUUCACCGUUUUGAUAUUCCAGAGACCUUUAUUUUGUCGAUACCUAAAGGCAGGUUGUUUAACUUUCUAUAUUUUGUACCGACAACAUUUUCCAGUUUCCUCAUCAGAUUUUUAGAGAAACGCAUGCCGACGAGUCGCCUCUGGGGCUUUUUUUCUGCAUUCUGCGAGUACGGAAAAGUACAUUUAUACACAUUUAUCAGCAGUUUAUUCCAUCUUAUCUUGUAAAUGUUCCGCUGUAGGUGAAACAAAAAAAGAAACGCUUGUACAAUAAGCUUCAUAAAAUAUAUUUGUAUAUGGAAAAGACCUUUAACAUGCAUCUAUUUAUUUUCUGUAUGUUGCAUAUCUUGUAGAGGUGUGGUCUGGGAUGAAGGGGGGACUCCGACAUGUUGAUGGUUUUUAUAUCUGUCACGGACUUUUGUCACUACUGAUGUGAACGUUUGGGUUAAAGUCUCCCUCCUCUGAGCUCCGACCCUCCUUCCAAAGCCUUCAAAGACAUGAAUAAAAGUAUGCAAGACUCA